AUGGUGCGGAAGUCGUCGAAGCGGAGGGGCGGCCCCGGGUGUGUCGCGCCCGCGCCGGAGCUCCACUGGAAGGCCAUAAACCCUAUCCCCACCCCCGCCGAGAUCCCCGAGUGCUCCCGCGCCGCCGAGGCCCCCCUCGACGCCUUUGUGGACAUAGUGGACGAGGAGCGCCUCGGGCUCGACGUCCCCGCCAUCGCUGGUGUGGAGGAAGAAAUUGUAAGAGCGCUGGCGGAGAUGGGCAUGGAGUUGACUGAGGAGGAGUUGCGCGCUAACGAUCAGAUGCAGGAGGACGAGAUACUUGUCUUGGGAGCAAUUUUUGGAGACAGUCUAGUCAUGUUAAACAAAAAAGAAGGUCAACGGUCUUUCCAGAUUCAUGUGCAUAUUGAGAUCCCAGAUGGUAUAGAUGUAUCGGCAAGUCUCGACUAUGGUACUGGAACAUUAAAUUAUGGGGGAAUAUGUGAUGGUGAUGCCUCCGAUAAUCUUGUUUACAAGUUUAGAGUUGAGCAUUUGCCUCCAAUCCAGCUAACCUGCUACCUGCCUUCGUCAUACCCGAGUCAUCAACCUCCAAUUUUCACCAUCUCCACCGAAUGGCUGGGCAAGGUGAAGAUUUCGUCAUUAUGUCAAAUGUUGGAUAUGAUUUGGGAAGAGCAACAGGGCAUGGAAGUAAUAUAUCAGUGGGUUCAAUGGCUCCAAAACUCUUGCCUUUCUCACCUAGGGUUUAGUGAUGAGAUAAUUUUAAGCAAGGGUGAUCUAACCUGUGAUGAAGAUGGUGAGGAUAAGCGUGCUUGUCCAGAUGAUUCUGCACCUGAUGUUAUAAUUCCAAGGAUUAUGAGAUACAAUGAUGAUAAGCGUCAUGAAGCCUUCUUGCAUGAUAUCCAUGACUGCAUGAUUUGUUUCAGCGAGUGUGCUGGUGUCGAUUUCAUCAUACUUCCAUGUCAUCAUUACUUUUGCCGGAAAUGUAUGCAAACAUAUUGCAAAAUGCAUGUCAAGGAAGGAACUGUAUUGAAGUUGACCUGUCCUGAUACAAAAUGCGGAGGCGUCGUUUCUCCUAAUAUAUUGAAAACACUGCUGGAGGAGAAAGAGUUCGAACGUUGGGAAGGAUUGCUUCUUCAGAGAACUCUUGACGCCAUGAAUGAUUUGGUUUAUUGUCCAAGGUGCGAAACUGCUUGCUUGGAAGAUGAAUGUAAUGAUGCAGUGUGUCCGAGUUGUCUAUUCAGUUUCUGCACACUUUGUACAAAUCACCGUCAUGUUGGGAAAGAAUGUAUGACUGCAGAGGAAAGAAUUCGUAUGUUGGAGGAACGGCUAAAAUCUAGGAAACUACAGAGCGAUCAGAAAAAGAUAGAUGAAGCACGCAGCCUCCAGACAAUUAUGAGAGAUGCAAAACAGUGCCCAAGAUGCAAGAUCGCUAUAUCUAAGAUAGAGGGAUGCAAUAAGAUGGCAUGUACGAACUGCGGGCAUUACUUCUGCUACCAAUGUAACUCUGAAAUUUCUGGAUAUGAUCAUUUCAGUUACAGAUCGGGUGCAUGCCAACUUUUUCCUCGGGAGGAAAUCGAUAGAUGGGAAGCGCAAAUGAAUCCAGGGAGAAGGAGGGUUCAACACCAAGUGGAUGAUCCAGUUCCAGCACCUGCCCCAGUGCCCGAAGUACGAUAUUAUUACCCUUGUCCUACGUGUGGCAAACAACGUGCAAAGAUUGGAAACAAUAACCACAUCAGGUGUUCGUCAUGCCGCACACACUUUUGUGCAUUGUGUCGGAAGACUGUAGAUAAAACUUCACGGCAUUUUGGUCCCAGGGGAUGCAAGCAGCAUACUGCAGAUCAAUGAGACUGUCUGCCAUAUGUGCAUCACUUCAACAACAGAGCAAUGAAAAGAGAGCGGAAUGAGAGACUGCCUGCCAUACCGUGAUUUCUCUCUCUUUUCCGUUCGCUCCUGCACGUAGUUAUGCUGCAGGGUGUUCUAUGCACAUUUUCCCCCUCUUCUAACCAAUGAAAAGCCAACAUUUGCUGGAUCUUCCUUUUUAAAUGUAUUACUGGUGGUUUGCAUAUAU